AUGCCUGAUAUUAUCUUUCGAAGAAGCACGGGAACCACUAUAGUAGUGGUUAUUUCUCCACUGAAAGCCCUCAUGGAAGAUCAAGUUAGACAUUUAAACAAACUAGGUUUAUCGGCCGUCUGUGUAUCAGACCAACACGACGAUCGACUUGUUCAAGGUAUCAUCAAUGGUCAGUACACACACGUAUAUGGAUCACCUGAAUGCUUUCUCAAAUCAACUUGGAGAGGAAUAUUUGGGAGCAAGAAAUUUCGAGAAUCGUUGGUGUGUAUUGCCGUGGAUGAAGCUCAUUGUAUUAGUCAAUG